AUGUGGGGAUUAGACCUCAAGAAAACCAUCCUCUGGCGUGUAUCUCUUCUCCGGCGAUGUGCUCGRUCUCUAUGGCACCAAAUUCUUGCUUGUUGGAUCGGAAAAUCUAUCCGCUACCGUCAUUUAUUGCAUUCCGGUUCCGGCCCUUUGAUUCCGACUUCUCAUCGUUGUCCUCGUCGGCCAAGGACAACGACGGCGAUGGAUGUUGCCACCGUGUACCACCAGUUUCCAUCGGUAGAAAUGACAGCCUCUAGCGGCGAUGGAUUCGCUUCCGGCGAAAUGACGUCAUCCUGCGGCGGCUCUGAUCAUGAUAAAGAGGGUUCCGAUUUGGUGGCUUUGAAGAUCAGCUUGCUGGGUGAUCAAUACAUCGGCAAAACAAGCUUCUUGGGAGAGCAUGCGCAUGGGGAAGAGGAAGAGUGCUCUGGGGAAGAGGAAGAGUGCUCAUGGGGAAGGGGAUUUUGGGGAGGGGAGGGUGUAAAGGAAUUUUGGAAGAGUGGAGGCGUGGAAGG